ACAGGAAGUUGAUGCGUCCAUAGAAACAGGAAACAAAACGACCGUGUUGCUACCAGACAGGAAAGAGUGAUAAAAGUGGACACAUGAUAUUUGUCUAGAGUUUUUUUAAGGAAAAUUAAAAAAAUAUGUCUGAGGCUACUUUGCAAAGCCGAGAAAUUCCACCGGAGAGACCUGCCCCAAUGGCAGAAACAUCUGGAGGUUGUAGAAAUGAAAAUAUGGAGAUAACUUACACUGGAAACACGGGAAACGACAUGGGCAUUUCUACAAUGGGAUACAGAUCGUCAAAAUACAACCCACCGGAGUGGCAUGAAAAUAAUUACGCCAAAUAUUACCAGUCUUUCGUUGAUCGGGAUAAUGGUGAAAGGAUCCGUCAUGAAUCAAAACGCACCAUCAAUGAAACAGAAGCAACCACAAACAAAACCCAAGCUGAAGUUACAAAGAAACUGGGAGAGAGAAUUCAGGACAUAAAUUUUUGGAAAUUUGAAUUAGAACGUGAAAUCCGAGAUGUUAUAGAUGAAACAGAUUUAUUGCUUGCACAGAAGAAGAGGUUAGAAAAUGCAUUACGGGCCACAGAAAUUCCACUUCAUAUUUCCACUGAUAACUUGAACUGCAGACAAAGAAGAGAAAACAUUGACCUUGUUCAAGAUGAUGUUGAGCUCUCAUUGUUAAAGGAGGUAGAAAUUAUCAAUAAUGUUCAAGAUUUGCUCAAAAAGACAAUAGAUCAAUCAGAAAAGCAAAUUAGGCUUAAUCGUGAUGCAAAACAGAACUUGGAGAUGGACUGGAGUGAUAAAAAGGAAGCACUAGAGAUUGAUUCUGCAUCUGGUGCUCUUAAAAAUCAACACACAAACAAACAGUUCUAUCCAGGUGCUGCCAAAUUUCAAGAAAUUCAGUCUACACCUGAGUCAUGGGCCCAGUUUUCACAUGACAACAUUGUACGUGCUGAGCAUGAGAGAAUGGCCUCAAUGCAGUUACGUCAGUUGAUAGAUAACAUACUUGAAGAUACAUCACGUGAUGAGAGAGAACAAUGUGAUGCCGUUGAUGUUGCCUUCCAGAAGAGGGUCACUGAGAUGGAAGAUGCUAAGACAAAGAUGGAGGAGAACCUUAAAAAGGUAUGUGACGAGAUCUGCCAGAUGGAAAGGAACAUUGAAAACUUGAAGAAGGCGAUCAGAGAUAAGGAGAACCCAAUGAAGGUCUCACAGACUCGUCUUGAAAACAGAACAUUCAGACCAGGUGUUGAACUCUGUAGAGAUCCAGUGCAAUACAAACUGGUUGGAGAGGUCAACGAGAUCCACACUUCUAUUGAUGCCCUGACAGACAAGCUUAACCAGGCACAGAACUCUCUUAAGGACUUGCAGGAUAACCGUAUGGGACUUGAGAAGGAAAUCUCCAUCAAGAAGAACAGUCUGUUCAUUGACAGAGACAAGUGUAUGAGUGUACGCACCAGAUAUCCAACCACACUCAAACUCCAGGGAUACCAAUAAUCAUUGAAACUUUCAAACAUUUUGAUAUUUUCAAAUUAAAAAUAAUUAAUUAAAUCAAGUGUCAGUCGAAAAAUAACUCAAAUGAUCAUGAACACAAUAGUUUUAUAUUGUUAUAAUUUCUUUAAAUGUUGUUUGUUUUAUUCUUGAAAGUAAAGCAGUUUUGGGUAUUUGUGGCAAUUAUAUUCUAAGAACAGUAUUUGAGUGCAAAUUUUAUUGUCUGUGUUAGUAAAAGACAAAUCAGUAAGCAAGAAGACUAAAUCUUGUCAACAUAAAAAUUUGCAUGGUAUUUAUAUUAUAAUAUCAUUUAUCAAGGCAUUUUGUGUUUGCAUAAUUUGCUACUUAUAUAAUCAUCAGUAUUACCAUUGCUUGCUGACUGUUUCCCCCUGUAAGUCCCCUUGUUAUAGGUCCUGUAUGGUCGUUUCACUGUCGAGUGGUUGCACCUUUAUCUGUGAUAUAAAUGUAUAAUGUUUUUGAAAAUGAAUAUAUUUUUUAAAAAAUUUCUUUAGAAAUUAUUUAAUGCCUUUUACCUUUUGUUAUUUCUUCUUUAAAGUAUUAAAUUUACAAUAUUCCUAUUCCAUUGCAGAAUCUAACCUUAAUGAGCAUAUUUUACUUUGUUCACUAAAACAUGGCUUUGAAAUGAGUAGGAAAUGUUAAAUUUUAAAAUUAAAGUUUACUCUGUGAUGUUUACUGCCUUUUUUUUGUCUUUGUUGUAUGGUAGAUAUACUGUUACCAGAUUCUGGUCAGUCUUGUUAUAUUGUCUUUUUCCCCUUGUGUUGCAAAAAAAAAGCUUUUUAAAGUGUAAAUAAAAUGGUGUAUAAUGA